AUGUCAGGAACCGCGGAACCCUUUUACUUGAGAUACUACUCUGGUCACUCAGGAAGGUUCGGACACGAGUUCCUCGAAUUCGACUUUAGAGUGGUGGGCGAUGGCAGCCAAGCGAUAGCCCGCUAUGCCAACAACUCGAACUACAGGAACGACUCCCUGAUCAGGAAAGAGAUGUGCGUCAGCUCGCUCAUGGUCAAGGAGAUCAAGCGCAUCAUCAAGGACAGCGAAAUCAUGAAGGAAGACGACACUAAGUGGCCACAGAAGAACAAGGACGGUCGACAGGAGCUCGAGAUUCGGCUGGGAGGCGAGCACAUCUCGUUCGAGACUGCCAAGAUAGGAUCAUUGGUGGAUGUGAACGAGUCCGAGGAUCCAGAAGGCCUGCGCGUCUUCUACUACCUUGUGCAAGACCUCAAGGCGCUUGUGUUCUCUCUGAUAUCACUCCACUUCAAGAUCAAGCCCAUCUGA